UGCAAACAUAGUCACAUGGUGUCGCUGAUGCUGAGCCCCCGACCAAUAACACAUUUCCUUCCCAUUCAGCUUGGGGAGUGUCUCACCCAGGAUGCCAACCCCGCGGCCAAUGUCACAUGGCUGAAGAACGGCCAGCCUCUGACUGCUGAUGGGAAAUCGACCGUCAUCACGACGAAAAAGACUGCGGAUCCAACCACCGGACUCUCCACCACCAGCUCCACACUGGAGUACAUGGCCGUGAAGGAGGAUGCAAGCUCCCAGUUCAGCUGCAGCGUCCAGCACAUCCUGGGGCCCAACCAAGUCACUGCACCAGAGAAUUUCACCAUCAACUACCCCACGGAGAAGGUAGAGCUGCAGGUGGUUAGCAAAGGGCCCUUCAAGGAGGGAGACAACAUCACCUUGAAGUGUAAUGCUGAUGGGAAUCCUCCGCCGACCAGUUUCAGCUUCUAUCUCAAGGAGAAGAAGGUGACGGUGGAGAACGCCAACAUGUACACCCUAACCGGCGUGACGCGAGGCAGCACCGGGGAAUACAAGUGUUCCUUGGUCAACGAUGACAAAAUGGCGGACACUAAGAACAUCCUGGUGAACUACCUGGAUGUCAGUUUGAGCCCCUCUGGGACAAUAAUUAAGAAUAUCGGCGAAUCUCUGGAAGUGGUGAUACAGAAGAAUGCAUCUGAUGAAAUAAGGGUGUCGUGGACCAAGGACAAUGGCAAACUGGACAAGAAGCCUGUGUUUCUCCACCUGAAGUAUAGUGACUCUGGCUUCUAUGUGUGUGAGGUCUCUACGGGAAUGGGAAUAAAGCAGAGCAGGUCUUUCCAACUCGUGGUAGAAGGAAAACCAGUGAUUAAUCGGCUGCUUAAGAUGCGUGGAGGAGAUGGCCGGCACAAGGUGCUGAUCUGCGAGGCGGAGGGCGCGCCCAGGCCCAGCGUCCAUUGGAGCAUCAACGGCACCCACGUACGUCCGCCCUGCCGCCCCUGUCCGCCGCCUCACCUCGGCAGCCUUGGCUACCUAAUGGCGCCUGUGGAUUAUUUCCAUAUAUACGAUACGGCAUUUCAAACGAAAGGAGAAAAAAAAACAAGCGAAGAACUUCAGGCUGUUCACAGGGCCGCUUGAUCCAAGGGUUCUGUGCUACUUGUAACACGGAUUCAAUCUCCUCUGACUGUUUCAUCAUUAUUCGCAGAGAUUACUUUUAACACUCAGUCUGAAUUACUCUUGGAGGCCCACUAGAGAUGUGUUGGUGUGUCUAGACUGGAUUAUUAUGAGAGGAGAGGAUCGGUAGACCAGCAUUUAAAGCACUCUGCUGUCAACCUGCCUGACUUACAGAAACACACACAAACGCACAGGUUCGACAGCCUCUGAGGCUGCUUGGUGACACUGUGAGCUCGUGCCAGGCCUGGUCCACUUUCACACAGCGCCCCCUGCUGGGCUGGAUGUAGGUUUUUUGCGCAAUAAGGCAAGAUGCCUGUCGUGUCCAUGUGGUAAAGACGAGCACAUUUGUAUUUUCAAGCCAGAUACGGGAA